CAGCAUAUUAUAAGCUUCUCUUCCUCCGAGGCCUAUCAGACAGCCGAGCCUACCUUUGCCUGUCCUCAUCAGGAUCUCAUAUCUCUCGUUCCUGAGAAACAAGUCGCAAAUGACCUUGACAUAUAUCCGAAUUUGAUUUAUUCAAAUCGUUUUCGUGAACUUUUACCUUAUGCUUCCAGGGAGCCGGUCCCAGAUGCCUGUCCUAUAUGCCUGACUGAGAUCUCAAAAUCCGCUUUAAUCGAAGAUAUGAAACAAGCUGUUUUUUGGGUAAUUCGAAAUCUAGGAAGCUGUGGAUGCCCUGCAGAUCGCUCACGGCUUGACCAGUGUCGUUUCACUGGGAUUCACUUUUCGCGCAACGAAAGAAUAUGUGGCAAGAAGAAUACUGUCUAG